GCCUGCCCAAUGAUGAGGGCAUCACAGCCCUUCACAAUGCUGUGUGCGCAGGCCACACAGAAAUCGUGAAGUUCCUGGUACAGUUUGGGGGUCAAUGUCAAUGCUGCCGACAGCGAUGGAUGGACCCCGCUCCAUUGUGCUGCAUCGUGUAAUAACGUCCAGGUGUGCAAGUUUCUGGUGGAGUCGGGGGCUGCUGUGUUUGCCAUGACCUACAGUGACCUGCAGACUGCUGCAGACAAGUGCGAGGAGAUGGAGGAAGGCUACACCCAGUGCUCCCAGUUUCUUUAUGGAGUACAGGAGAAAAUGGGCAUCAUGAACAAAGGCGUCAUCUACGCACUGUGGGACUAUGAGCCUCAGAACGACGACGAGCUGGCCCAUGAGAGAAGGCGACUGCAUGACGGUCGUCCGCCGGGAAGACGAGGACGAGAUCGAGUGGUGGUGGGCACGCCUCAGCGACAGGGAGGGCUAUGUGCCGCGCAACUUGCUGGGGCUGUACCCAAGAAUUAAACCAAGGCAAAGGAGCCUGGCCUGAAGCCGCAGCCUUCUACUCCAUGAAGAAUUAAGCUUUGCUGUCACUAAGAAGCAAUAGAACUGUUUCUGGCGACAAUUCCGUGAGACUCAUUUAAAGGACAGCGCAGCAGGAAAGCAAGGAAGAAUGCGUCCUGGAGGAAAGUGAAGGGUGGAGGACUUCACGAGCGGCGCGUGUUUGGGGUGAAGUGGGGUGUGGACGCACGCAGCCCGCGCUGUGCUGGCAAAGCUGCCCCCAUAGAGCGCUCGGAGAUACACAGCGCCCGUCUUGUUUUCUGCAAGAAAUAGGACCAUUUACUGGGUGUUGGGAAAUCAGCUGUCGUGCUCAGUGGGCAUUUUCAGUGCCUGUCCCUGUCCCACCUCUUGCCAGAAAGUGCCGGUGUUACCAUCUCCAACUGCCCACAGCGCCAAUGGACCCUCCGGGGCUGUGCACGAGGGCUCAGGGGCACCCUGCGCCUGUAUACCGUUGGACUGCUCAUCAGUGAGCAAUACCUUCCUAUCUGAGUUCUUGUAGCAUUUUAAGAAUUAAACAUGUAUUUGAAAUACUGAAACUAAGCUACACUACCUAAUCUAAACAGAUUUAGAUUUGUUUUUAGGCUGAACUUGGAUCUGUAUUUAUUGUCUUUUGUAUCUUGGGAAUUAGAAACUUGUUAGAGGCUUACCCGUACUAUUUGUCAAGAUCAUAGCUGACCUGAAAAACAGUUGUAAUAAAAUUCAGCUUUUUGACUCAGA